GCGCACGAGAUAAAUCACAGUACACGCAGGUGUGGAUGUUUUUUCUGGGAACUUUGAAUCACCCAAGGUGGAAAAAAAAUCUGCCAACCAAGUCCAGAGAUGUUUCCUGUAUUAGUCACGAAUUUCUAGAAGAACUGAAGUGAACUGGUAGAAUGAAUGAGGAUAUGUAACCAGCCCCUUAGCAGAGCCCCCUCGCCCCCCCAGUUCUUAACACAACUGACUCCAUGAUGGAAGGUACCAUUCAGGCCAUAAAACUCAGCACACAGACAGCACCACCUCCCGAAACGAGUACAAAGACGGAACCCAUCAAAAUCCAUAGUUCUGGGAAAGUCUCUAAAUAUGAUAACCUUGACUUGUGACUUCUGCAGAUCCGUGUCUGGCUAACUGCUCUUGUUAACUUAAGUAUGUCAACCCAGAACUUGGUGUUUGUCCUUAAAGUUCACCCUAAGAAAGGCUCAGGGAUGGCCAGGGAUCCUGAGCACCCCAUGUAGCUGCUGACCAGCUGAUAAAGACCUUUAAUUGACUUGAAAAGUCAGGGACUUUUUAACAUCUGUUUAAUGACGUUAUCAAUCAUGUCCACAUAGUGAAUACCCCUCAACAUAUAUAUAAUUUAUUUAUAUAUUACAUAUUGCGUUUAUGAUAGAUAUAGUUUACACAUAAUACACACAGGUAAUUUAUUAAAUCAUGUUAUAUUGAAGUAGUAAAACCAGCUGUCUUGCAUCUGAGAGGCUGAGAACUGGGUGGCUGUUCCGCCCAUGAAACCCAAUAAGGUACUGAAAGCCUGGAGGGGUUUUGAGAGCUGCUGUCCUUCAGCAAAGAUAGAGUCUAGAAAUGACAGUUCUUAUAUUACCAACGAGUCAACCGAGUGACAGCGCAUGACCAUGCAGAGUGUUCUCCAUCUUGUAUCCUCUCUGGGAACGUUUCAGGUUUGUUUAGAUUUUGAUCCCCCUCGAAGGAGAAUCUCAUGGAAAAAUUGCUCAACUCUGUUCUAGUAACCCAGAGAUGACUCAGCUAACUUAAAUUCCGUUGAACUGCCUGCUUGUGCAGAACCCCCCUUCAGCUAACUGCUUAUCUCAGCUUCUGUCAAAUUGCUUGCUUGCAAAACCUGCCCCCUGUAGCCGUGAAGCAAUAUUCCAGAAUGUGAUUUCUGCCCUCAAAACUCCCGAUGCUCUGGACACUCAGAGCUACGCUUAGGUCCCAAAUACCCGAGUGGAGUCCUAGCUGGCUGAAAUGAAAGGCUUUCAGUUGGUUCUAAACUGUCUCAGUGGUCAUCUCUUGUGGGCUCCCAUAGUAAUAUGUUUCUAUGGAUCUGGGGAAAUGUCUGUCUGGUUGCCUUUCCGGUGUUUGUUUGUUUGUUUGUUUGUUUGUUUGUUUGUUUGACACAGGGUUUCUCUACAUAACCCAGGCUGUCCUGGAACUCCCUCUGUAAAUCCAGCUGGCCUCAGACUCACAGAGAUUCAUCUGCCUCCAGAGGGCUUCAGUUAAAGGUGUGGGCCACCACUGCCUAACUGCCUGAUUUUUUUUUUAAUUGAUGUUAGCAUUACUAAAACAUUUAGUGAAAAAAAAAAACAUUUAGUGGGUUUCUUGUUAGAAAAAGAAAAAAUAAAAACAAAAAACCAAAACAAAACAACAACAAAAAACAGAAACAGAAACAAAGGAACAGAACCAGUUAAACAAUGAGAAAAACUUAAGUGUUUAAAGAUGGGUCUCGGGGCUGGGGAUUUAGCUCAGUGGUAGAGCGCUUACCUAGGAAGCGCAAGGCCCUGGGUUCGGUCCCCAGCUCCGAAAAAAAGAACCAAAAUAAAUAAAUAAAUAAAUAAAUAAAUAAAUAAAUAAAUAAAUAAAUAAAUAAAUAAAUAAAGAUGGGUCUCAGCAAAAAUUCCAGCAAGGUUGGGCGUGGAGACCGACAGAGCAUUUGAUUGGUUAUCUUUAAGGGCAUUCAGAGGUUCCCUUAAACUGCAGGUACAUAAACGCAUGCCAAGCCAAGACGUCUUUCCCUUUCUCUUUUUUCUUAAAGGCUGAAAGAAAUUUUUAUGACAGAGACACUUUACCUUAAGCCCAGUCCAAAAACACAAAACAAAACAACCACGCCCCCCCCCCAAAAAAAAAAAAAAAAAACCAAAAAAUCUGCUCAGGAAAACGAAAACCGAAAGAUAAAGAAGUAAGGUCAAACAAGAGUGCCUACUUUAGACUUUGCCUUUAGUCGAUAAACUCUAAAAUUAGUUUAGUUUAGCAUCCAGUUCAACCCACAUGUAAUUUUUUGAAGAGCUUUUUACUAUGCGUUACCAAUUUUCUCAGUUUGUCUUUGUUGUUCACAGAUGUCUUACAUUUUAAUUAAAGCAAACUAACGGGCGAUGAAUAAAAAAAAAAAGCUCCAUUGCCUGGGGUUUGAUUAAGCAUGCAAGAUGAACAGGUUUAGAAAUAGCCACAUCUAGAUCUCCCUGGAUUUUCCCCCCAAAACAUUUGCAAGGUCAUGAUUAUCCCACAUAGAGACAGUUAAGGCCUUUCCGCUCGGCCGUUCUCCUGAACAGGAGGCAACCAUGGCGCCCAGCCGGAAUGGCAUGAUCCUCAAGCCCCACUUCCACAAGGAUCGGCAGCAGAGAGUGGACACUUGGUUCUACCGGCCAGGAUGCGAGAUCCACAGAUGCAAGACCGGGCAGGCGAAAGUGCACCGCAUCGCCCCUCGCCCCAUGCCUGGUCCCAUCAGACCCAUCGUGAGGUGCCCUACAGUUAGGUACCACACCAAGGUUCCGGGCAGGGGCUUCAGCCUGGAGGAACUCAGGGUGGCUGGUGUCAACAAGAACAUGGCUCGCACCAUCUGCAUCUGUGUGGACCCAAGGAGGCAAAACACGUCCACUAAGUCACUGCAGGCCAAGGUGCAGCACCUGAAGGAGGGCUACCGCUCUAAGCUCAUACGUUUCCCCAGGAAGCCUUCUGCUCCGAAGAAGGGAGACAGAUCUGCUGAAGAAUUUAAAUUGGCCAUCCAGCUAACAGGACCUGUGAUGCCCAUCCGGAAUGUGUACAAAAAGGUAAAAGGCCGGAGUCAUCACAGGAGAAGAACUUUUAAGGCUUUUGCCAGUCUUCGCAUGGCCCGUGCCAACGCCCGGCUCUUUGGCAUCUGAGCAAAAAGGACAAAGGAAGUUGCAGAGCAAGAUGGAGAAAAGAAAAGGUAAUGUGCGGUUGAGCUGCAAUAAUUUUUUUCCUUAAAGAAAAAAAUAAAAGACAGCGAAGUACACGUAGUAGCUUACCGCUAAAUAUUUCCUCCUUUAAGAAACUGUGUGUGUUGUUGUUGUCUCUGUGCUAGCUAGGGAAUGUGUGUUUUGGGGACAGUUUUUUUUUUUUUUUUUUUUUUUGGUUCUUUUUUUUGGAGCUGGGGACCGAACCCAGGGCCUUGAGCUUCCUAGGCAAGCGCUCUACCACUGAGCUAAAUCCCCAACCCUUGGGGUCAGUUUUAUAUGCUAUUUUGGGGACUUUCUCAGCUUUCCCCCUAAGAAAGCUGCCCUUACUGGGUCUCUAGUUAUCCUCACACGUUUACGAAAACACGAGGGGUCUCGAGACACUGCAUGAACCGAUCCCUCAGAUGUGUCUCUUCCCAAGAGAGCCAAUCAGUUCCUUCUGAGCUAGGAAUGGAGCGUGUUUGUUGGGUUUCCGCAUGAAGCUGUUGCAGAUUGCAGGGUGCUCCCCUGACAACUCUACCCCGGGGGAGAAAAAACAAGUGCUUCUUGUCAGCGUCUUUAGCACUGACUGCCCAUGACAUUCUAGAUCUAGACCAAAAUGCUUUCAAAGCAAACAAAAAUCCAAUACUUUUAAUCACAUUGGGUAAGAAUAGCACACUACCACAGAUUUUGAGCCAAAGUUCAAGCAAACUUUAACAUUGGUGAGGACCAUGGAUAUUGGCCAGGUCCGUACCCAAGAUUCCCAGAGUUCUGCUGCCAAAUUAUAUUCAUUGGGGACUUAUAAAGAAAGUACCUACCUAACUCCUGCAUAGAUUGCCAAAUCUUGUAAGUUUAGACUCCAUUUUAGAGACCAUGAACUCAGGUAAACUAACAGGCUGGUACCUAGCAUUAGUUUCCAAGUUGCCCCCCAACAAAACCUGAGCCUAGGUCUGGUUUCUAGGCUAACCCCA